UGAGUUGUUUGAAGAAGGUUCACAGCUCCACUUUCAUUCACCAUGGACAGGGUCACAGUUGUGAACUGCUGCGUAGCACUCCUCGGUUUGUUAAUGCUGCAGGGAGUUACCAGUGUGGAGGGGAGGAGCAUAUUUACCUCUGGAAACCAUGUUUUUAAUUCCAAAGAAGACACAGACACUCAAAGCAAGAUUCUCGAUCUUUUACUGCACAAAAACUCAGAUCCCGUUGAAAACAACGACGUACUGGGUACGAAACUGGCCAACACAUUAGCUGAGCUUGAAGAGCUAAAAGAACUGAGGGAAGCUCUGGAGUUGGAGAAGAUUGCUGCAAAUUUGGCAGAAGACAAAUCCAUAACACGGAAGAGAGGUGAACCUUGCUUCUGGAAGUAUUGUGUUUGACAUGGACAACA